GCCUGCGGCCUCCACGCCCUUCCACCCUCUGCGGCGGCGGUCGUCCCAGGAGGGCGCCCGGCGGCCGAGCGCGACCAUCGUCCGCUGCGAGAGCGCGGGCGACCACACCGUGUACGUCAUCCAGGUGCGGGCGAGCAGCAUGGACUGGGUCGUGGAGAAGCGCUACAGCGACUUCGAGCGCCUGGACUGGCUGCUGGAGCGCCGCGCCCCGCACCUCACGCGGCUGCCGCUGCCGACGAAGGGGCUCUUCGGCAUCCGGCACGCGCUGGACGUCGGCGGGUUCAACGCCGAGCGACUGCAGGGCCUUCACCGCUACCUGGUGCACCUCCUGUUCCAGGUGCAGGCCCUCCCCGAGUGCCCCGCCCUGGAGGACUUCCUCGAGCCUUCCUUCGACCUCGCGCGGUACACGGAGGCCGACGGCGUCUUCGGCGCGCUGGCCACCACGGUAGAGGGGCACCACCCGGUGCGGCUCCUGCGGAUGUCUUGGCUGGUCCAGCAGCGCGGCCGCGCGCUGCCGCGGCGGCAGGAGCUGCCGGAGGCGGCCUUCGUGGGCGCCGCCGAGCUGCGGGAGGCCUGGCGGGCCAGCGGCGAGGGCGGGCCCGACGGGCUGCUCCCCGUGGUGGCCGUGUCGAUGUGCUGGGACAGCCCGGAGCACCCGGACCCCGAGGGCAUUCAGCUGGACCUGCUCGCGCGGACGUUGGACGCGGAGUCGGCCAAGUUUCGGCAGGCUCCCGCCGCGGGCCGCUUCCGCGGAUUCGCCGAGGUGGGCGUGUUCUGGGACUGGGGCUCGCUGCUGCAGCGGGGCCCGCCCGCGGCGGACCUCGGCAGCAGGCGCCUCCUGCCCGCGCCGGGCCGCACGCCGAGCGAGCAGGCGGCCUUCGAGUACGCGAGGCGGGAGACGAUGGAUCUGUGGUUUGCCCAUCAAGGAACGACCGUGCUCUUGCUCACGCAGCACCCGCGCGAGCGCGGGGGCUCCCGACUCGCUGGGCACGAGGACUCUGGCUGGCCCAGCUUCGAGCGUUGCUGCGCCGGACAGAUGAGCGGCCGUUUCUGGUCGGAGGCGCGGUGGCACGCGGCGCUGCGGCUGGACGGCGCGGGCGCUCGGGCCCUGCCGGCGGCAUGGCCAGUCGCCCCGAACGAUUUCGACGAGAUGGUGGACUCGAAGCACUUCUCGGAGCCGGAGGACUGCGCAGUCGUGAAGGCCCUGUUUCGCAGGUCCUGCGAGAGCCAACUGGGAGGCAUGCGGGACUUCAAGUUCUUCUCGCCCGUGCCCGCGCCGUGCCCCGCCGAGGCGGAGCGGCUCGGCGCCUGCCUCGCCCUCUGCGCGGGGCUGCUGAGCCUCGACCUCGGCGGGGUGGGGCUGACGGCCGAGACCCUGGCCGCCGCCUGCGGCAGACUGCCUGGUGCCCUGCCCAAGCUGGAGCGGAUGAGCCUCGGCGGCAACCUCCUGGGCGACGCCGGCGUCGGGGCCCUGGCGCUGGCGCUGGCCGCCGGCUGUGCGCCGCGCCUGCGGUGGCUGGGGCUGGACUCGUGCGGCGCGGGCCCAGGGGCCGUGCGGGCGCUGACCGACGCUGCCGCCGGCUCGGGAGCGCUGUCGCGGCUGGAGCGGCUCGACCUGGAGUGCAACGCCAUCGGCGACCAGGGCGCCGAGGCCCUCGCAGACGCCCUCGCGGGAGGCCUGUUCGCGGACCUCGAGACGCUGUACGCGCACGCCAACUCCAUCUCGGGGCCCCGGCCCCGACGGUGCAGGAGAUCGAGGGCCACCACGACCCAGGCGAUCGCCGCCGCCGCCUCGCGCGGGCGCCUCGGCAGCCUGGCCGUCCUCGGCCUCGAGGGCAACGCCGUGGGCGACGCGGGCGCGGAGGCACUGGCGCGGGCCGCCGCUGCUGGUGCGCUGCCCAGACUCCAGGAGCUCUGGCUGGGGGACAACCGCCUCAGCGACAGCGGCAGGGCGCGGCUGCGGGCCGCCGGCGUCCGCAGCCUGCCCAUGCUCGGGUGA